AUGACAUAUCACGAUGCGAUGCCCCCGGGGCAGCCAUACGGCAUUUACCCUCAACAAACUCAGAACCAACAACAGCAGCAGCAGGGUCAACAGUCCUUUCAGCCCCAUGCCGGAUAUCACCAUCAGCAGCAGCACCAUCAGCAGCAGCACCAUCAGCAGCAGCACCAACAGCACCAACAGCACCAACAGCACCAACAGUACCAACAGCAGCAAUACGUGAAUGGCUACCAUAAUGGACACCCUCAGUAUCUUCAACAACCUCAACAACCUCAGCAACCACAGGUUCCGUACGCGCAGUCAGCCUAUCCCCCGGCUCAACCGACGUUUUAUCCCAACAAUCCCGUCAACUUGUCGAACUACAGCUCUAGUUCUACCACGUCGUUCACUCACACCCCACAGACGACGACGGCACCCGUUCAAUUUGUCGAUCCGUCCUUCCUCCAAAAACAGUAUCUUCCACCUAUCCAGACAAAUCGCAUCCUACCGGCGCCCCAACCGACGACCGUGUCAAAUCUUCAGCUACCUCCGCCUCAAAUUUCACGGCACAAUCAGCAAAUACCGCCGCAGCAAAUUCACCAGACAGCAAAUCGCAAUGACCAACACCAACAGCAGCAACAUCCGCAGCAGCGGCAACACCAACCGCAGCAGCAGCAGCAGCAGCAGCAGCAGCAGCGAUCCACACAAAAUCAUCAUCACCAACAACAGGAACGACAACAGCCACACCCUCAACCUCCACAACCUCAGAAUUCCCUGCAUAUACAGACACAACAGUUACAUCAGCCGAUCUCCCAGCAGAACAGCCAUAGACCAGAAGAGAGGCGCCCAGAACCCCAAGCGGCAUCUACAAAAACGGCUACGCCACGCCGUCCAGGACGGCCCACUUCUGUCGCGAAAUCAUCUGCUUCAACGCAAAGAACCGCCCAUAUUGAAACACUGCCACUGUUGCUAUGUGUUGCCGAAGACUGCUUCGCCAAAGUACACGCUGCAGCCUCAAAAAUUGCGAGGUCCAUGUCAGAUAGUGAGGUCAAAGAAUACAACAAAAUGGUAGCAACAGGUCUGGGCUGUCUUGAAGUUGCCAUGAAUUCCAACAAACUUUUUCCACGUCUCGAAGCUAGACUCUGCCUCAGAUACGCUAGUAUUCUCAUAGAGGAAACGAACAAUAUUAUGGAGGCCGAAACUGCUCUUACAAGGGGCAUAUUGGUCUGCGAAAAGCAUCGUUUCAUUGAUCUCAAAUACUGCUCGCAGUUUUUGUUAAUGAAGACCCUUUUUCAACGAAAUCCAAAAGCUGCGUUCAAGUCCCUCGAUACCCAUAUAAUGGAUGCUACCAUGUACAAACACGCACCAUGGGUCUAUGCAUUUCGUUUUCUGAAAGCUGCGUUUCAUAUUCAAUCAGGAACUGCUACUGAUCACCACGCGCUGGAAAACUUGCGUCGAAUGGCGUCGAUUGCGACAACAAGGGACGAGAAGGCCAUGUUCGUCAUGGUAAUGCUUCUGGAAGGACUGUCUCACCUCAACACGAUGAAGGAUGACUGGAUCAACCGUGUGCAAAAUUGUAUUGCACAGGCACAGAAACUGCAAUUUGAUGCUGCUGCUCACCUGCCUCAGCUCGACGUUCUUCUGCUGUUGCUCGAUCUUGCCUGCAGCCUCCGGCAAAAGUCGCACAGAGAUGCUGCUCAAAAGUUGAGCGUUCUUCAAAGCAAGUUAGAGGAACUGCGCAACCUCCCAAGCUGGUCCUCGGUUUCAGAUGAGCUUCUUCUUCCCAUUAGACGCGUUGUCAACGACGCUGCGCCGACACUCAGCCGUGAUACAGAGGCCGUCCUCCGGCGUGGAGAUGGCGCCUUUGAUUACUUGGUGUUAUCGGCUCUGGGGAAACAAGAGUCAUUUGCAAUGGCGUACAUAUUCAACGGCAUAGUGGCGCUUUACAAAUCCACAACGUUGGGAAGAAGCUCGACAAUCUGGACUGAAGCUGUGCGAUUACUGGAAGACAAGAACUCGGGCUCGGGACCGAACCCGCUUCCAGAUGCUUUUGCGCAUGCCCAAUGGGCAAAGGGUGUGAGGAACUACGCGCAAAUCCUCAUUGGACUGCAAGCCGCCACUCUUUCGGACUGGCGAAAGGUCAAGACUUGUCUUGAUGCGUUGGGUACAGCGCAACAGCCAGAAGGGUUUUUGGAUGUGCUGAACCUUUACCUGACCGGAGUCUUCAAACAAGGAACGGCCAAACUUGGUGAAGCACUUGCGAUCUGGAAAGACCCGAGAUUCGCAAUGGACCGGAAUGGGAUACCGCAAAAUAACACCAGCCACAUCGCUUCCGAGCUGUGCGUCCUAGCUGCGCUAAAUCGGAUCUGGAUCAUGCAAUCGCCAGCACAUAGCCAUGAUGGAGAAACAGCACAGCUCCUGGAUUUUCUACGACCCCUCUGUGAGGAUAAUCCUGAUCUGGACAUCAGGAUCGCAUACAACCUGGUGCUCGCCUCCAUUACGCUGGACCCGCCGCUACCAAUUAAUCAGGUCAAGCAGCAUAUGAAGCUGUCUUUGAACGGCGCGCAAAACACCAGCAACACACAUUUCCUCUCGAUCGCGUUGAACAUUAUGCGUAACAAGCUCUUCGAAAACGUCGUGGGAGAACAAGCGCUAAAGAGUGCAAGAGCCAGCACGGCGCAGGCAAAGAAGAGCGGGAACCUUCUGUGGAUGAGCGUGGCCGAGGGUAUGCUCGCCCAGUCUCUUGAACAACAAGGGCUCAAGGAAGAGGCCGAGAAGACACGUGAAGACGGAAUUCGGCUGGCCAACGAAGCCCAUCUCCGAACACAGGUGGAAUAA